AUGAAUUCUGUUUAUACUUAUUGUUGCUUUAAUCAAUUAGAUCAUAAUUUAACCGGUGCAAAAUUAUUUAAAUUUUCUCAUGUAUUACAUCAUCUACGUCCUCAAAAAAAUUUGGGAGAUAGUGAUGAAAAUGUGGAUCAACUAGCAAAACAGCAGCCGAUAUUACAAAACUGUCCAUUAUUCGUUACAUGGCACAAAAAUAACCAUUUAAGAGGCUGUAUUGGUACUUUUACAUCUCAACCUUUAAGCAUUGCACUACAUAAAUAUUCACUAAUAUCUGCUAUGGAGGAUCCAAGAUUUCCUCCGAUACGUAGAUCAGAAAUAUCAGAAUUAUCAGUCGAUGUUUCAUUAUUGUAUGAAUUUGAAAUUAUUUAUAAAAUGCUAGAUGAAACUGACGAAUCAAGUAAAAGUAAUUCAAUUAAAGAUAUAUACAAUUGGGAAAUUGGUAAGCAUGGGAUUGAGAUUAAAUUUUUGAACCCAUUACAUCCCAAUAGAAAGUGUUCUGCUACCUUUUUACCUAGUGUAGCCAUAGAACAAGAAUGGGAUAAAACGACUACUUUCAAAUAUUUAUUUGCAAAGGGACUGGGAACUGAUGAUAUAGAAGAUAAAAGAGUCAGAGAGAUUAUGGAUAAUAAGGAAGAUUAUUUGAUCAAAGUAAUCAGAUAUGAAAGUAUGAAAUCCUCUUUAAGCUAUCUAGAGUAUUGUAAACUUAAUGAUGAUAUGGAAUAA